GGUGCAGAGGUUUGAUGAAGAGUCCGUCUGCAGGUGCAACAAUGGCUGUGAUGCUUCUCUUGCUGACCUUUGGGGUCGGGCUUGGAUCUACAAUGGAUGCUGUUCAUGCACCACUUGAUCUGGAUCUCGCUCCCAACUCUGUUGAUGACAUGUAUAACGGAUGUGUUUCGGAAAUGGAAAAAGUGGCAUCUGAGUUCUUAGAAAAGGAAAAAAACGGAAAUCAAAAUUUUAAGAUGGCUUGGGAUAAAGCACGAGAGAAAUUCCAUCGGAAAUCCAAACUGAGUGAUUUGCAGAUGAGGCAGAGGAUGGCCGUCUACGCUUACACUCUGGAGCAGCCCAAGCUUUAUGCAGAGUUCAAUCAGGCCGUGCGCACUGAGGCAUCCUCCUACAGAACCACCUUCCAAUAUCACGCUCUCCACUUCUACCUGACCACUGCUCUUCGAAAACUCAAACUGAAGCAGGGCAAGAGAUGCCGCAUUGUCUACCGCAGGGUUGGACUCAGCUUUUCUCGAGAUGUUAUGAACAAACCCUUUCGGUUUGGCUCAUUCACCUCCAGCAGCAUGGACGGCUACGCGAGCCCAGCAUUUGGUAAAACAUGCUUUAUGAUUGAGACCUGCUUUGGGGCAGACAUUUCUCAAUAUUCUGAAUUUCCAAAUGAACAUGAGCUCCUCAUCCCUCCCUACGAGGUCUUUACAGUGAUAUCUGUGAGGAAGUACCCUCGGCCUACAUGUGAUGCGGAGUACUGGGCUAGGAGCGAUGCUCUGAGUGAGCUGAGUCAGUUGCUCCUGCUGAUGCACAAACAUCUGCCAUCUCUGAAAUUGGGGAUGGAGAAGCCGCACCCUGAGAUCUGGCCUGAACCCCACAUUGAGCACCACACACCAAAGGGACAAAGUGACGACGAUCCCUCGCCCCAGUCCCUCUCGCCCCCAACGGAUGGCCUCAGCCCGGACAUCUAG